UAGGUCGGAGCUUUGAAAGCGGCCGCUGCUGUCAUUGUUAGUGUGCGUUUUCGUGUGUGUUCUGCCGCUGCUGAUUGAAGACAGGAACGCAGACAUGAAGCUCAUUCGUGGUGUCCCCGUGCUGUUCCUUCCCCUGCUGCUGGUCCUCUGGUCUUCGGGGGGAUCCGCUGACUCAGACAUUAACUCCGUUACCUGCGGUUCUCUGGUGAAACUGCUCAACACCAGACACAACGUCCGCCUCCAUUCCCACGACGUCAAGUAUGGUUCAGGCAGUGGACAGCAGUCUGUAACUGGUGUGGAAAGUGCUGAUGAUGCCAACAGUUACUGGCAGAUUCGUGGGAAGCCGCACAAACCAUGUCAGCGUGGAGCUGCUAUCAAGUGUGGAGACACCAUUCGUAUCACACACAUGAAAACAGGGCGAAACCUUCAUACACACCAUUUCAGCUCACCUCUGUCCAAUAACCAGGAGGUCAGUGCGUUUGGUGAGAAUGGUGAAGGAGACGAUUUAGAUGUCUGGGCAGUGCAGUGUGAUGGCGAUCACUGGGAGCGGGAUGAGGUGGUGCGUUUCAAACACGUUGGAACUGACGUCUUUCUGAGUGUGACAGGGGAACAGUACGGCCAUCCAAUCCGUGGUCAGCGGGAGGUGCACGGCAUGAGCUCACCUGGCCAACACAGUUGGUGGCGUGCCAUGGAGGGUGUCUUCAUACAGCCCAGCCCGGAGCUGCUACGACACGACGAGCUCUGAUAAUACCGUCACUGCAAGAAGAGCAUAGACUUUGUGUGUGUGUUUAUGUGCGUGUGGGCCUGCGUGUGUUUACACCUGUUCACCUCUGCUGUUUCUUUUCAGUUUUCUUUAUGUUUGGCUGCAUCAAAUUUGUUUCAAAGUAAGGAAGAACACCUGAGUGAUGACCACAGACUGUAGAGGUGGAGCCUAUUUUCCAGUUAAACAUUUGUUGCCGAACAAUAAGGAGAUAUUUCUGGUGCAAAAAAGGUCCACACCCAGUCCCAGUUUGUUUUGAAAGAGACAACAACUUUGGCCAAUGAACUCUCCACCCCCUGCUGUUAAAAGGUUGUCAAGAUCCACUGAGUUUCCACCAGAGAUUUUGCAUGGAAUUAAUGUGUAAUUCUAAUAUGCAGGUGUGACAAAGUUACACAGACGUGCUGUUAGGAACUUCAAUAAUACUGCUGCAAAAAUGCCCCCACAAAACAUAAUAACUGAUUAAUACAGUUUUUAAAGUGUUUUUUCCUUCGAUCAGUAAAUGAUGGCUCAUGUUAAACCUUCAAAGUUCAAAGACAAAACAACAAGUGACUGGUGAAGACCAAAAUUUGCUUAGUUAUUUAAAAUUUACCUAUUUAUUUGCCAGAACCUUACCAAAAAUUAUGAUUUUUAAUAUGAUAUUCACAAGGCUAAAAUCAAGUUUAUGUUGCAAUUUAUGGAAAGUAAAUUGAUAACAGAUAUUUACUGUGAUGAAUUCCCUCUGUUGUUAUUUAAAGGAGCUUAUAUUUUCUGCGUGUAGUUUAUCACUUAGCUGCCGACUCCAUCAUUGUGAAAUUACCUUGAGUGACCGUUUAAUCAUGAAUGUAAUAAUAUACAAAUGAUCCAACAGAGGGCGCCACUUUAACGUUUAAAGUCCCUUUUUAGGCAUCUGUAAAAGCGCAAAGUUGCAACGUUCUAAAAGAGUUUUAUUAUUUGGAGUUUUAUCCAAUUAUUGACUGCAUUAAAGGUGCAGUGUGACAUGGAAAAGCUAUUGAAACCAGACUUCUAAAAAAGGGAUUUACUUAUUACAUUACUUAUGCUGUCCAUACACUGUAGGAGGCUGAUGGUACUGUAGUUGUUAACUGUGAACAUACUGUUUUAAACUUAUAAUUUGAUUUGCUGCUGAGUGACUGUGUCUGUAUCUUUAACAUAUUUGACAGAAGCAGCUUAUUUAAAUGUAAGGUUUGGAAUAAGGGUGAGGUUUUUCCCCUGUAUCCUGUGGUUCAUGUAGUAUUUUCAUUCGUUUGUUCCUUCUUAUAUUGGAGACAAAAUAAAACUACAAGCAAAAACUCAAA